CAGUCUCGCGACCCGUGUUGGCGGGCAAAGUCGCUCGUCUAUAAAAGCGCGGGAAUCUUGUGGUGUUUUUUAAUUCGAUUAAGUGAAGUUACGAAAAAGAUUUUAAAAUGUCUCCAAAGAAAGCAGCGGAGGAUGGCGAUAAAGAAGCUCUGAAAAUGGAACCGCCAACUGACGAAGGUGACAAAGAUGGGGGUGCUUUGGAGGCUAAAAUGUCACUCCUUAAUGGCAUCACUGUCAUCGUAGGUUCCAUUAUAGGCAGUGGCAUUUUUGUGUCCCCCACUGGAGUAUUAAAACACACAGGAUCUGUCAAUGCUAGUCUCCUUGUAUGGAUUGCAUCUGGAAUCUUCAGUAUGAUUGGUGCAUACUGCUACGCGGAGCUCGGUACAAUGAUAAAGCUGAGCGGUGCCGACUACGCGUAUAUUAUGGAGACGUUUGGGCCCUUCGCCGCCUUCAUCCGGCUCUGGAUAGAGUGUAUGAUAGUCCGGCCUUGUUCACAGGCAAUAGUGGCACUGACAUUCAGUGUGUACGUCUUAAAGCCGAUAUUCCCAGAGUGCGACCCACCUGAGGACGCCACCAGGUUGUUGGCGGCCUGUUGCAUAUUACUGCUGACCUUCGUUAACUGCUGGUCAGUGCGCGCGGCGACACGCGUUCAGGACUGGUUCACCUACGCCAAGCUGCUCGCUCUCUUCAUCAUCAUCGCUGCAGGCGUCUAUCAGCUCUGUAGAGGAAAAGUGGAGCAUUUUACAUUUGAAGGGACUACGAGUGACGUCACAUCUAUCGCUCUCUCUUUCUAUUCCGGACUCUUCGCAUACAACGGAUGGAAUUACUUGAACUUCAUCAUCGAGGAGCUUAAGGACCCGGUGAAGAAUCUACCCCGAGCUAUUGCAAUCUCAGUCGCGCUGGUGACCAUUGUUUACACAUUCACGAAUGUCGCCUUCUACACCACACUAUCACCGAAUGAGGUAUUGGGAUCAGCGGCGGUGGCGGUGACGUUCGCCGAACGUUUAUUCGGAUGGUUCGCGCUCUGUAUCCCGUUGUUCGUCGCUGCCUCAACAUUCGGUGCUGUGAACGGUGUGCUUCUCACUUCUUCCAGGUUGUUCUACGCGGGGGCAGCUCAGGGUCAGAUGCCGAGUGCUCUCACCAUGGUGUCAGCUCGGGCGACGCCGGCGCAUGCUGUACUGGCUGUAGCAUUGCUAUCACUACUCUACCUUACAGUCUCCGAUAUAUAUGCACUCAUUAAUUACGUAGGAUUCGCUACUUGGCUAAGUAUCGGUGCAGCAGUGCUGUGUUUGCCCGUACUCAGAUACACAAGACCGGAUCUGGAACGACCCAUUAGAGUCAACCUAUUCUUCCCCGUGAUCUACAUAAUCUGCACUAUCCUGGUGGUGGCGGUGCCCGCGGUGGCAUCUCCCGCGGAGACCGGCGUCGGCUGCCUCAUGAUCCUGACCGCGGUGCCUGUCUACCUGCUGCUGCUCGCGCCAAGGACCAGGAUAAAGGCGCUCGGAUCACUCACCGGUUCCUCUACAAGACUAAUGCAAAAACUGACUUUAUCUGUACGCCCUAAAAUAAAGUGAAAAGAUCUGUAUUUGGAUAAUCAAAGACAUUCGGCCGCGUUAAACUGGAUUACGAGAACAGUAUUUAACAUAAUUUUUAUGUUUAGCCAA